CCGUGACGCCGCCGCGCUCCCGCCCGGCCCCGCGGCUGCGCGCUGACGUCGCGCGGCGGCGGCGGCGAUGGAGCCGGGGCAGCGGCGGCGGCGGCGCAGGCGGGGCGGGGCGCCUCCCCUCCCCUCCCCUCCCCUCCCCUCCCCUCCCCUCCCCUCCCCUCCCCUCCUCCCUGCCCGCGGCCGGUUUUUCUCCUGUACAAGGAAGCUUUGUUGCCAAGAUUUACUCUGAAAAUGACCUACACUACUGACUACAGCUGUCUACAAAUGUAGAAGACUACGAAUUGCAUCUCCCCCCUCCCUGACUGUCCCAUUUCCUAUGGAAUUUAUGGUUCUAAAUAUUUUUUAAGUUAUAUCUCUACUGAAGACAUUUGGAUUAUAACUGUGAGCAUAUCUAUGCAAAGAGACAAACUACCCUGAGUAACUGAGCAGUGCAGGAAAACGGAGAAACUUCAAUCAGACCAGUACAGCAGUUUUCCAAAAUUCAGAAGAAAAACGGAGUUUCUGGCAUAAAAUGAGAAAUGGCUUACAUUGAUCAGUGAAGGCUCUGAUUGACAAAGGGGGAAAUUUUUGCUCAGCGGAGGGACCCCUGUGUGUCAGCCAUGCUUAAGGCCAACUGAUGGAGAUAAGCAUGAGAUCACCGUGACACAGCUGCAUGUGUAGUCACUGUUGAAGCAAUUGCACACCUAAUUGGCUGACAAUCUUGGCAUUUUUAAAACAAACACAAGCCUUUUAAAAGCAGGGGACCUAUUUAUAUAUGAAUAGUCAAAUAGACCUGUUGGGUGUCAUCAAUGGAGCCCUCUGGCAGUGAACAGAUGUGUGAUGACCCUGAUCCUGGAGGCAAAUCCCAAGAUCAAGAGACCAAAAAGCAGCAUGAAUCAGAGCAAAAAUUAUCCAAAAUAACGCAUAAUGCUUUGGAGAACAUUAAUGUGAUUGGUCAAGGCUUGAAGCACCUCUUCCAGCACCAGCGCAGGAGAUCCUCAGUCUCUCCCCAUGAUGUUCAGCAAGCUCAGGCUGAUCUGGAGUCUGAAAUGGAUGUGGAAAGCCAAAGCGCCUGUGCUGAAAUUGAUGGUGUCUCCACCCACCCCACAGCUCUGAAUCGAGUGCUUCAGCAGAUCAGGGUGCCGCCCAAAAUGAAGAGAGGCACGAGCCUGCACAGCAGGCGGGGCAAGAUGGACCCUCCGAAAGGAAGCCCGCAGAUCAACAGGAGGUCUGCCCAAGACGUUCAGUCGGGCCGGCCCAGGUCGUCGUCUACUACUGAUGCUCCCACCAGCCUGUCGGUGAUGGAGAUAGCUGCUUCUGUCUGUGUAGGUGGAGAGGAUGCCUCAGCAGCAGCAAUCGAGCGGUUGGAAGUCAGCAGCCUAGCCCAGACCUCCAGCGCAGUCGCCUCGAGCACUGAUGGCAGCAUCAACGCAGACUCAAUCGAUGGGACCCCAGAUCCUCAGCGUACAAAAGUGGCCAUCACUCACCUGCAGCAGAAGAUACUGAAGUUGACCGAGCAGAUCAAAAUCGAACAAACAGCCCGUGAUAACAACGUGGCAGAGUAUCUGAAACUGGCUAACAAUGCCGACAAGCAGCAGAGCGCCCGCAUCAAGCAAGUGUUUGAGAAGAAAAAUCAGAAGUCAGCCCAGACCAUCCUGCAGCUGCAGAAGAAACUAGAGCAUUACCAUCGAAAGCUGCGAGAGAUUGAACAGAAUGGGAUCCCUCGGCAACCAAAGGAUGUCUUCAGGGAUAUGCACCAGGGUUUGAAGGAUGUUGGAGCAAAAGUCACUGGCUUCAGUGAGGGCGUGGUAGACAGUGUUAAAGGUGGGCUUUCCAGUUUCUCCCAAGCCACGCAUUCAGCAGCAGGAGCUGUGGUUUCCAAACCUCGGGAGAUCGCUUCCCUCAUAAGGAACAAGUUUGGCAGUGCAGACAAUAUUGCUAAUCUGAAAGAUUCUUUGGAAGAAGGCCAGGAAGAUGGGACAGGAGGCAAGGCUCUAGGUGUUAUUCAGAACUUUCAGUCAAGCCCAAAAUAUGGCAGUGAAGAGGAUUGCUCCAGUGCCACGUCGGGCUCAGUGGGAGCCAACAGCACCACAGGAGGCCCUGUGGGAGCUUCCAGCUCCAAAACAAACACUCUGGAUAUGCAGAGCUCAGGGUUUGAUGCAAUACUACAUGAGAUUCAAGAAAUUCGAGAGACACAGGCAAGACUGGAAGAAUCAUUUGAGGACCUUAAGGUUCGUUAUCAGAGGGAUUACUCAUUAAUAAUGCAGACUCUGCAAGAGGAGCGGUACAGAUGUGAAAGACUAGAAGAGCAGCUAAAUGACCUGACUGAGCUCCAUCAGAAUGAGAUCCUAAAUUUAAAGCAGGAGCUGGCCAGCAUGGAGGAGAAAAUUGCCUAUCAGUCUUACGAGCGAGCCCGGGACAUCCAGGAGGCCCUGGAGGCCUGCCAGACCCGGAUCUCCAAGAUGGAGCUGCAGCAGCAGCAGCAGCAGGUGGUGCAGCUGGAGGGGCUGGAGAACGCCACGGCCAGGAACCUCCUGGGGAAGCUCAUCAACAUCCUGCUGGCCGUCAUGGCCGUCCUCCUGGUCUUCGUCUCCACCGUGGCCAACUGCGUCGUGCCCCUCAUGAAGACUCGCAAUAGGACGUUCAGCACUUUACUCGUGGUGGUUUUCAUUGCCUUUCUGUGGAAGCACUGGGACGCCAUCGCCGGCUACUUGGAACGGUUCCUGUCCCCCCCCAGAUGAUGGCGCGAGGAAUCGGCCGCGUCGUCGCCCCCCCGGCGCGCGCGAGCGCGGCAAAGAUUGGUCGGCAACUAUUCCGCUGAAGUUUUAAAGUGUCCGAGUGAAUUUGUUUACAUUUAGAAUAACGUUUUUUCUCUGCGAGACGCAUUGCAAUAGUAUUUUUUAGAUUUUAUUCAAGAACUCUUUUUGGCGAGAAUCCUGGAUAAUUUUUAUGUAGCAUGGUUCUCUUUGGAUGCAAAUCUUAAGAUUCUUUAAAGUGUACAAAAGAAAUAAAUAAAAUACACAAAUUUGGAGCAUACCAAUGGGCAAUUUAAAUUGUGGCUUGAACUACUGUACUAAACCUGUCAGGAGGAGGAGAACGUGGUUAGCUUAAAAUGAGCAAAGCUAAAUCUAGCGCACAGCCUUGAACGAUGGUACCACAGCAAACCUGUAACACUAAACUUUUACUGUGAAGUCUGCUCACAUUCCAUGCCCAAACGUAUGGGUUCAGAGUGGUUUCUUUCCUUAACGAGAGAAAAAGCAACGUGUGGAUCUCUCUCCCACCUCAGCAUCUGGGUUUGCCAUGUGUGCUAACCUGACUUACAAUAAUUUUCUAUAAGGCUGGUUAACUUUGCUGAGCGUAUGAAAUGGAAGCCUCAUGCCAUGCACAGUAACUGCACAGUUGUGCUACAGUAUUUUGAAGUAGUCCUUUAAAUACUUAUCUUUAAGCAGAAGCCCUUGGUCGCACUUUUGAGGUUUUUUUUAUAUAUGUAUAUUCACAGUUUAAAAAAAAAAAUCCGAACAGCAUACUUGAAGAGUGUAAUACUCAAACUCUCAGUGCUUCCUUAUUGUUUCUAAUAGGAUUUUUUAUUAUAAUUAUUAUUAUUAUUAUUGGGGUUUUUUUUUUGGAAGGGGUUGGGAGGGUCAUUACUUUUUUUUUCCUUUUAAAUAAAGAAGUGAUGUUUUUAAAUGAAGAAAUGCGUGAAUAAUUGUGAGCCGUCUUGUCCUGAAACAGUUUUGAGGAGGGCAGAGAGUAGUUUCUAGCGCCAGCCCGUCUGGAGUGCAGUGCUGUUCAUAUGCCAUUUUUCUGUCCUCCCGUGCAUGCAGAUGCAGCAUCAUGAAAAACAUCUAUCUUCUCUACACAUUUUUGUCAUGCAGGUUUUUUUUAUCCUUUUUUCCAGAUGUGAAGGAGAAUAUGUUUAUAUUUCUCAUUUCCAAAUCUCUCAUUCUUGGCCUUGGGAUGAGAACAAGGAAUUUCUCUUCAUCCCUUCUUAGGGAAGAGACAGAUUCUUUUAAAGAAAGAAAUACUGAAUUGACGGUCCAUUUUAAGGAAGGAUUCUCUCAGAAAUAUCCCUGAUUUAAUUUUUAAAUGAACUCCUAGAAAGUGAAGCCAAAGUUUUCCUCCUGUCGGACUCUGGUAAGAUCAUUUGUGGUAAGAUCACGUUGUGCACCGUGUCCUCGUAGUGUGCCGGAGGGAGCACCCUUGUCUUCAGCCGUGGAGGCAAGUGCUUGGCACAGGCACCCUGUCAAAGCACUAAAGGCAACGUCAGCCUAGAGUGCAACGCUCAAGUCCCAGCAACAUGCUGUUGCCGGUGACUUCUUGGUACUGGCAAGCAGGCUUCGUGUCUAAGGAGCCUGGGUUCUCUCUAGUUUUUUUAACUGGUGGAACAUCCCUUUCCACUCUAGCAAAGUCAAGUUCAAUUUCCAUCUCGAUGAAAUCCUAAAAGACUCCUGGAUUCUUUUUUUCACACCGUUUGUGGUGUUUAGUUAGAUCCUGUUGUUUUCCUUCCCUCCAGGCUUAAGUUCCAUCUAGGAGCCAAAUGUUCCCCAAGUGACCUAAAACAGUUGAGAUUAUACACAUAUGUAUAUAAUGCAUAUGUUCCAGGGGUAUAGAUGGAAGCCUGGGACUUUAUGCUAUGAUGCAAACUCUGGGCCCGGAGCAAUUCCCCCCAAAUAGGUUAAUGCCCUUGAGGGUCUUCUGAUUGCUGGCAGAGACAAGCCCUCCACUGCCCAACCAUCCUUCUUCCUUCAAAGAUUCUGUGUAUUGUUUUCAUCGUCACGGCUCUGUCUUUAAACUCAGGUACCCCAUCUCGCCAGGGAUCUCGGCACACCUCCCUUUGCCACCCUAUGCACUAAUCUGCUCCUGUCCUCGUUACAACAUGAAUUGCCAAUUGCAACUGACUAAGCCAAAAAUAAUCACUCCUCUUUCUACAGGGUUGCAGACGGAGCAAGGAUUGCAUAAACCUUCCCUCCCUAGACCAUACUCCCGCUCCAGUGAAACUCCGUUCUGUUUGCUCCCCUCCUCUGGCCCAGACUGACUAUAUAAAUAAUUUUCACUUUCCCGUUAUGUAGGUUUUGUCAGAAACAAAGGUGGGGAUAACAGUAAGGACUGACUUGGUAUGUAACCGAGAAGCUUUGUUGCCUUUGUUUCUGAUAUCUGGCCUUUGCACGUCUGUUUUUCUUUGUUCUGAUCGCGCUAGAAGAGCUCGUGGUAGGUUUCGUAUGUGGUCAAAGCAUGAAGGAGUUGACAGCCAGUGAAUCUGGACGCUCAGUACCACAUACUCGUCCUAUCUGGAGGAAGUAUUUGUCCCUCUUCUUUCCAUCCUAAUUUCAUUUAGUCUCUCAACUCUUGUCCUCUUUAAGGAACACUGUUUGCUAACUUGCCAGAAGGCGUAGGCUUAAUAGAAACUUUUCACCUCAAAACUGUUUGGUGAAGGCCAUUUAUAUAUGGCUCUGGACAAUGUCUGUCUGUCUGUCUCUUUCUCUCUCGACAGUUUUUCCAUUCCAGAAAGUUGUCUGCAGUAAUGCCAUAUAUGAUGCUGCAUCCACUUUUCAUAUCCCAACACUACUGCCAUGUGUUUUGCCUUUUCUAUUAGCAGAACGCUUUGGGUUUUUCUCCCUCUUCAAUUUGAAGGUCUGUGAUGAUUUCUGAUAGCUUAACAAUGGUUCUAUUGUUGGAAAUGUGAUUCUAGCUUUAAAGCUCCCUUUCCUUGUAAGUGGUUGUGUUUGCUUUCUUGAUGAAGCAUUCCCGGACGACUCGUAGAAGAGCGUUUCCGUCACGGAUGUGAGUGCGCGUGUGUGAGUACCUUUUAUUAGCCUUUCUUAUGAACGUGAACUUUUUUGUGACCACCUCUGAGUUGCAGAGUGUUUCCCAAAACAUUUCAUAUUCAGAGUUGAAAGAAUUCUGAAAUUGCUUAGAUACAUUUAGCACAUAUCAACUUGGCAUAUGAAAAGGGAAGAAUAUAAUGGGCUCUGUUAGUUCGAAAAAGCAGCAGCUCUUCAGUGAAAUUCCACGGUUCAAAUGAAGUGCAUCUGUUUCCCCAUCUGCUUUCUCAAUGAAAAAAAAUUCCUGAAGCAAAAAACCUACCAUUUCUAGUUUUAUAAAGUUCUCUUUCCUCUCAGCCUCAUUAGUUUAGUUUAAUGAUACUGAGCAUGCUCACAGCAAUUAUUUCAUUGGCUUAUUCCAAUCUCGUGAGUUCUUAGGGUCUGAUCAGAUUAAAUGUUGAGUUCUGUACAUGUUGCACUGGGACAGAAAAGACACUGUCUUUCAGCUUUGAAAAAUAUGCAUUUUUUAAGUAAACAAAAAGCAGCAUUAUAACAAAAGAAGCCAAGCUACAAAGGGUUCGAGAUUGGGUAGUUUUGCCAGUUUUUAAGUGAAUUCUGAAUGUGGCUAAAGAGUUAAAAACCCUGUGUGUCUGUGUUGUGUAUGCCAGGUGGUAUAGUAGUAGGCAAUUGACUUAGCUGUAAGUGUGUUUUUAAAGUGUAAAAAAUAAGCAGAAAAACUCACUUGCACGGGUUGAAAAGUACAGAAAUGACACUUGUGAACGUAACACUGUAGUUUAUAGAUCUUAAGCUGCUAAUUGUUGAGAGAGAUUUACAUUUGUCUUGUCUGAUUGUCACAGAUUUAUCUGCGACACUUUUACUGUAUAUAAAAAAAAAUUUAAAUAAAGACCUCUGCUAUUAA